UUGACAACAUCAUGUGGGCGUAUUUCGUUUGUCUGACCCUGUUGUGCUCCCCGACAGCUCACGGAUCAUACGGCAACGACUUGAUCGGCCUUCAGGAUUGGCAAAGCAAAAUAUUGGAUUCCAUCGAAUCAACGAUCACUCACUAUUUAAACGAAAACGACGAAGUCAUCAACGCCAACUUAAUGCUCGGAGUGUCUAUAAUGAAAGGCCAACUGAUGUCUUGUGUCAAUAAGCCCGCGAGAAGCCGCAAAUCGUUCGAACUAAUGAAAAGGUGGUACGCCAUUAACAAAGUGACUAAUAAGCUCUACGAGAAAUUCUACAGAACAAAUAUAACAGAACCGAAAAUUACUAAAAAAAUUCUCGAUCCCGAGCUCUGGACUUCUUCAAAGGAGAUAAUACAUUCGACUCAUCAUUUACCAAUAAAUGAAGCCGACAUGGACUCGUCCGUUGUCGAAGACUUGUUUUUUCAAAACGUAUCGGACACUUGUAUUCUAGAGUUGCUCACCUCUUGCCGGCCGUCUGCAAAAUGCAUUCGCAGUGAACUCGAAGAUAACUUUUUGGGGUACGCGUUAACCCAUCAAGUGUUGUACAUUCAUAUUUUGAAAAAGAUGAACUGCAUCAAAUCAAGUGUUCAUAUCAUACUGGACGGAUUCACUCAGGACAAAUGUAACACCAUGUUCAACGAAGCCAUGUACAUAGUCGGCGAUUCCAAUGUUUUCAAUGACUACAAAGAUUUAUUCAUCGAACAAAUUGCUGUAUGCGGAAUGGAGAAUAUGGUGGAUUUUAUUCGACCAGAAUGGUUAUUGGUUCUCAUGUCAUUACAAAACCAGCAAGGAUGUUUUCAAAGCGGCGACGAUAACCAAUCUUGUGAUUUACACUUGGCAGGAGUGUCGCUGGCUGCGCUAGGAGUUUACUGGAAAUUUGUAUGCUUCAAGAACAAUAAAAUAAUCAACAAGGGCUAAAUGUUUUUCUGUAUUCAUAUAAUAAUAUAUAUUUAAAAUAUCAGAUAAUAUACAAUUUACCGUUUCAAUUUGGUCUUUAUACAGGUUACAAUAUAAUAUAUA